AGAGACAGAGCGACGAAGCACUGGGGUUGGAAUCAGCACGGCGAGUCCUGGCAGUCCAUGCGUCGCGUAGCAAGUCGAGCCAUAAGUUCAGUACUGGGGUCUCGGCCCGGGUCCCCCCUCCCCGCGAGGGGUAGCGACGAGUGUCAUUUCAAUGUGGAUUUUCCGGACAAUCGGCGUGCAGUGCCCAGGACCGUCGUGCCGCACAAGACGUCUAGCAGGACUCGGCGGUGCUGCAGCCAUGUUCUUCCCGGAGCCCAACGUGGAGGUGGAGAUCGUCGAGGUGGACCCCGACGCCGUGAUGGACCUGUCCUGCGGCAGCCCGUGGCAGUCGGCGUCCGUGCUGCGAAUGUGCCUCCAGGACGUGCAGGACCAGCAGCGCGGCGACGUGGCCGACUACCCUGACGGCAUCACCGUCAGCAGCAACACCGGGUACCCCUACGCCGUCACUCCCCGCGAGGCCGCGUCACCCGGCUACUACUACACCCUGGCCGACAACACCGCCGACGCGGACUUCUUCACCAGCGCCAGCCUGCCGCCGACGUACAUGGUGCAGACCGAGUACGCCGAGGACGCCGCGGACGGCGCGGGCACGCCGUCGGGGACGUCGCGGCAGCCCGCGGAGUGCCUUUCGUGCGGUCGCACCUUCUCGUCGGAGAGGAAUCUGGCCCGCCACUUCCGCCAAGUGCACGGCCCGCGCGUCUGGCACGUGUGCGACGUCUGCGGCAAGCCGCUCGCGUCCGCGAGCUCCCUGCGGUCCCACCAGUGGCUGCACCGCGGCCGAAAGCCCUUCCAGUGCCCGCUCUGCUCCACCGGCUUCAUCCGCCGGCCGUACCUGCGCACGCACAUGCUGCGGGUGCACUCGCUGCACGCCAACCUCGCCGUCAAGCUGGAGGAGCUGGACUACGGCGAGUGCGUCGCUCGGCGCGAGGUGUCCGAGGAUCGCGGUGAGGACGAGGAUGGCCACCUCCAGGACGCGCACGCCCUGGAUGCCCACCAGCAGGUCGUCCACGUUGAGCACCAAGAAGGGCUGCGUCAUGACGGCCAGGGCCACGUCUUUCACGACCAGGUCGCCCCUGUCCCCAACCUGGAGUACCUGCUCUACAACGGCCACCGCCAGGACGUCCACCAGCAGGACGUCUACCGCCAGGACCUCCACCGCCAGGACCUCCACCGCCAGGACGGCCUCCGCCAGGACCUCCACCGCCAGGACGUCCACCACCAGGACGGCCAUCACCAGGACGGCCAUCACCAGGACGGCCACCACCAGGACGUCCAUCACCAGGACGACCAUCACCAGGACGGCCAUCACCAGGACCGUCACCGCCAGGACGACCAUCACCAGGACUGCCAUCACCAAGACGGUCACCACGAGGACGUCCUCCACCAGGUCGGCGUGGACAGCGGCAGCAUUGUCUUCGUCAAGAGCGAUUUGGACGCCGACGGCAGCGACUCCGGCGUGUCUUCGGUCUCGCCCUCGCCGUCGUCCGGGGAGGCGUCCCCCGCGUCGUCGGCGACCUCGGAGGACACGGCCGACGCCCCCAUUCUGGUGCGACUCGUUCGAGACGUCGUAUCGGGAUCAUGGAAGAUUGAUUUGGGGCAAUGCUGAAAACCCUAGAGGCUCUGUGGGUGUUGGCUGAAGUUCAGCGUUAUUUCAUCAAACUCGACCCACAGAAAGGUCGAAAUGCCAUUGAAAUUAACUGACGAAGAGGGGUUUGUACAAAUGACUGUAGACUAGAAGUCUAUUCUAGUCUGCCUUGUUCAUUGUUAAUUUGAAACUAGAUUGUUUCGAGCUGAACGAUUUUAUUUGUGUUUGUAAUAUUGUGACCGUUUCUUUUCUCCAUUAUUGUUUUAACUAAUAGAAUGUGCAUGGCCUCUAGUCAUUAGGCUUCCUUUUUUUAUUCCCAGCAAGAUUUACGCUCCAACGAAUGAUUGAAUGUUUGUGUUACGUUUUGCUGCUUGAAGUUACGAACUUGUUUAAUUUUAUCUAUUUUCUUUGUUGUACGUAGCAGCAUUUACUCAAGUGAUGGGCUGUUUAAUUAUUGCCUAUUUUCUACUUUUACUACAUGACUGAUUAUGCUAAAUACUUAUGUAGUAUGUAUCUAUUAAAAGUUUCUGUUACUGGUAGAGGUGGUUAUGACUAUUGCUGUAUAAUAAUUUCUAUUUUUCUAAUUUUGUAUUAGGAUUUUAUCCUUUGACCAAAGUCUCAAUGGCUUGAGUUCUAAUUUUGUGACUUUAUAAGUGGAGUGUAAUUGGCAAGUGCUCAAAUGAUAAAGGGAAAACAAUGUUUCUUAUCUCUU